AUGGAUGGACUCCUCCUCCUCGGCGCGCUCGCGAACGCGCACGCCCGGUCGCCCCUGCGCGCGCGGACGUGCGCGGAGGUGUUCGCGGACGCGUCGCGUCACGCGGGAUUUGGCGCGACGAACGAUGGGUCCUCGCACGGGACGACGAAGACGCCGAGGACGAUGCCGGCGAGCGCGCUCGCGGACGCGAUCGCGCGGUGCGGAUCGAGCGUGAACGCGGCGUUCGGUGAAUCCUUGCUCUCGGCGAUCGCGGUGGAUGGGGAGGAAGAGGGGUCGGGGGACGCGCGCGUGGACGCGCUGGCGACGGCGGCGGCGCUGAGCGUCCUGUGCGGCGGCGCGCUCGAGGAGAAGGUGGGACUCAUGUUUCGAUGCGUCGACGUCGAUGGGGUGCUGGGGAUCACGGAGGAUCAAGCGAUGGCGUUCGCGCGGACGUGCGCGGAAGUUUUGGGGGCGGCGCUGGAGGACGCGGGCGAGGGGGAGAUGGAAUUGGGACGGUGCGUCGACGCGUGGGGGACGAUGGUGCGAGACCUGUUGCGGCGGCGGAGGGAUGACGAUCUCGGGUUGUUGACCGUGGACGAUUUUAAGGAUUUGAUGGCGCGGAUGCUGAAAGAUAUGGGGAAAUCAAGCGUGAACGCGACGGAUUCGGAGGACGCGAGAGAGGGACGCGCGGGGCGCAGGACGGCGCGGCUAAGCUCGUCGAGCGCACACGGGCGAACGUCGUUGGGAGGAAGCGAUGGCGGUGGCGGAAGUUUCUUCGACGCACCGAUCGUGCGGACCGGUUUAGAGUACCUCUCGUCGGCUAGCGGACACGGUGGGGCGUCGUCGUCGCCGACGCCGGCGAACGUCAUAGCCAGCGUGAUUCCCGCUCUCGUCCGGGGAUCCCAAAGCAGCCCGCAACAAGAGCGCCCGUCGUUGUCGCCGAGUUUGAAAGCCUUGGGGUCGAUCGGGUCAUCGGGUGUUUUGCCAUCGCCGGAGAAGCAACAUCGCGCCAGUUUGUCCACUGGGAGUACCGCAAACUUGUUUUCGAGCAUGAUUCCCGACGGCAUCGCCAACCUGCUCGGAGUCAAGAGUCCACAUUCCACGCGCGAAACGCUCAAGCGCGAAGUGGGUAUGACCGACGAAGAGUGGGAACACGCGCAGCUUUCCGCCGAGCUCGAGGCCGCGAGGAAGGAGACGGAUGAAACAGAGCUCACGCAAGCGGUUGAGGAGUCGACUUGGAGCAAUGUCGUCAUGCUCGUCAAGGAAAUCGUCAUCCGUCUGUUCCUGUUCAACACCGUAAAACUUCUACUCACGAUCGCUCUGUUGGGCGGCGACGCCGCACUUUGUGUUUAUGUCGUCAACCACUUUGGCGUGGUCGCCGGAUUAGGUUUCGUCGUCGUCAUCAACGUCGUGCUCAGCGUCAUUUUCAUCUGGUUCAUUGUCACCUUCAACAAGCGCGAGAAAGGGAAGGACAAUAUGCAGUUCGGCGCAAAUAUCAUGCAGAGUAUCCAUGACAUCGCCAAGUCCAAGACCAGGUUGGAUGGCUUGCUCUCCACCGACCGAGCGGAGUCCGACACCGACCACAUCUCGCCUCGCUCGUGGCAAGCCGAAGAACCAACGCCGAGAGCGUUCGGGCAGAUGAAAGAUGCCGCGGAUGAAAGGAGAUUCAGACGCACGGUCACGGGCACGAAGCUAGGCGAGCGCGUGUAG